AUGACGACCUUCACCACCGCAAUGCCACCGGCCAUGGCCAUGAGCCCGGUCAAGGAGCAACGGUUCAUGGCCCGCAUGGCCGAGCAGGCCGGCAGAUUCACCGACAUGGUUGAUGUGGUCCGCGACAUUGUGCUGGCCACGGAGGGCGAAAUCUCCUCUACAGACCGCCACCUCUUUGCCGCCGCAUACCGCCACCUCGUCGUUCCACGGCGUGCAUCCUGGAGAAUUCUGGCGAGCUCCCAGCCGGCGAAGCAGCUGCAGUCGAAGCAGGAGGAGUACCUCCGCAGCGUCGAGAAGGAGCUCGUGGACCUGUGCUGGGACGUCGUCGACGUCAUCAACAAGAUCAUGCCUCGUCUCCACACCAAGGAGGCCAAGCUCUUCUUCUACAAGAUGAAGGGCGAUUACUUCCGCUACCUGGCGGAGAUUGAUGCCUUUUGGGGACACACGGGCACGGUCAUGCCGGAUACAGUCAAAGCGGCCAAGUCCGCGUAUGAGAACGCGUACACGCUCGCCCACGAAUGCUGGGGACCCGCAGACCCAAACUACCUUGGCCUUGUACUGAACUAUGCUGUGUUUGAGAAGGAAAUUCUUGGCAACACGGGCCUUGCCUGCCGCAUGACCGAGGAGGCGUUUGAGUCCGCUCUGGAGGCACUGGACGGAUUGCGCAAUGCAGACCACCGCGACGUCUCUGCCAUUAUGCAAUUGCUUCGCGACAACCUCAUCAUGUGGCGCAAAGCACGCUUCGAUGGCCUGUGAUGGUCUGUGGGGCCGGUGCGACCAUGGUGUGGUGACCACGGCAGCGAUGAU